AUGUGGGAACCUAGCACGUCCAGUGAGGAUGCUGCAACACGGUUCAGGGAGGGACGCGAUGAAAGCGCGGUCAUUUCGAUAAUGAAGAGAUUGGCCAGCACCAACGAUGUCGGAUUACGAUACAUCGAAGAUAGACUGCAGUCUAUCUUGAUGAUAUGGUGGAAAUCCAAACAACGUACAGCUGACUACGUGUUCAACUUUCUAAAGAUCAACAAAAGCAUCUCGAAGGCGCAGGAAAAAGCCACCAUGGUUGAGAAAGCUGUCUGCCUUGCCGACGACCAAGCUUUUGUAAUGUGGGAUGCUUAUGUGUACUUCAUCGACCAGCACGAUCCUAUUAAAACGAUAUCCCGCAUACUGGUGCCGGAGCAUUUUGGCAUUGAAGAAUGGGACAAGAUCCUUGCUGCUGCAAGAAAAAGUAUGGGUCCAAGCACUCGCCGUGAAAUAGGUUGGAAGGCAAAACCCUACGAGGACCUAACAUCUCACCGUGAAUUAGCUCGGAGCGCAAAAAAACCACGAGGGGCCAAGCGCAAAGGUUAA